AUGACUUCUCUCUCUCCACAAGCGGUAACUGCCCUCAAAGCGCGGGUAGACGCAGCCUGCGCGGACCAGCACAAGGGUAUCCCCGGUGCGGUAGUGGUAGUCGUCGGCAAGGAUGGCAAGGAGCAUUUUGCGCAUGCGAGUGGGAAGCGCGGGUACGGCUCUGAAGAAGCAAUGACGCUGGACAGCGUCUUCUGGAUUGCAUCGUGCACGAAGAUGAUUACGGGAAUUGCGUGUCUGCAGCUUGUUGAACGGGGGCGAUUGAGCCUGGACGAUUCGGACCAAGUUGAGACGAUAUGCCCCGAGCUGAAAGAGGUGAAGGUGUUGCAGGACGAUGGGACUUUGGUAGAGAAGCGGAGGGGAAUUACCUUGAGGAUGUUGUUGAACCAUACCGGGGUCAUGGUCGAGCGUGUCACCGGGCAGUCAUUGAACGAGUACUUCCACUGCAACAUCUUCGAGCCCCUGGGGCUGAAUAACAUCUCGAUGUUUCCGUCGGCGUCAAUGAAGGAGAAGUUGGCAUACAUGAAUCAAAGAGACGCGCAUGGCCACCUCUCCAGCCGAGACCACCUGCUUCGGCGGCCGCUGAUCGUGCAGACCGCUGCGGAUCGCAAGAGCUGCUUCAACAGCGGUGGAGCGGGCUGUUUCGCUCAACCACAAGAGUACUGUCAAAUCCUUGCUACACUGCUAAACAACGGCACCUCACCCAUCACCGGCAAGCGAAUCCUCGAGACAACCACAGUCGACGAGAUGUUCCGCAAUCAGAUCCCCAACCUCCCCAAUUUUGCCGCACAAGGCAUCCCUCCUUCGAAGCCUGACCUCACCAAUGAAAUAGCUCAUCUGUACCCAUCGCCGACACCUCAGGGGUGGGGCCUCACCUUUAUGCUGACGGGAGGGUCCACUGGACGGUCUGAAGGGACGGCGCACUGGGCAGGACUUGCGAACCUCUGGUGGUGGUGCGAUAGGGAGAAAGGGGUCGCAGGGAUGAUUUGUACUCAACUCUUGCCCUUUGCUGAUCCCCAAGUUUGGAGCCUUUGGCUGGAUGUGGAGUCUGCCGUCUACCGUGGCCUGGCUCAGGAUUAG